AUGUCGGAAGAUUCUUCAGGUUCAAAUGGAAAUCAAGGUGCCGCCGAUAUUUCGGGUUUUGAAGAUUCAGAAAAAACACUCACACUAAUGGAAGAAAUUUUCCUUUUGGCUCUGAAGAAUGAAAAUGGUUAUGUGUCAUUCUGGAACUCUUCAAUGCCAACUGGACUGAGAGGUUGUAUCUUAAUUGAGUUAGGUCUUCGAGGAAAAGUAGAAUUGGAAAGCAAAGGGAUUUUAAGGAAAGGCUUGUUGAGACGCCACCUGACUGUAAAGAAUGAUGAACCAACAGGUAAUGCGUUAUUGGAUGAAACGUUGAAGCAUGUAAAAUCUAUGAAUCCCCCUGACACAGUAAAUAACUGGAUAGACUAUCUCACCGGAAACUCAUGGAGUCCAUCGAAGUUUGGGUAUCAAUUACGAAAGGUGAGAGAAAGGGUAGCAAAAAAUUUGGUGGAAAAGGGCAUUCUCGCUGAUGGAAAAAAAGAUUUCGUUUUGUUCGACAUGAUAAUUCACCCUCUUGUAGACCAAGAAGUAAAAUCCCAGUUGAUAAAGAAGAUCCAAGAUGCACUUCUCUCUAACUGGGCAAAGGACCCACAUCGAAUGGACAAGAGAGUGUUGUCUCUCAUCAUUAUGGCGCAAGCGGCCUGUACGUUGGAUAGCGCCUUCGUGUCCCUCGAGGACAACCAUUAUAAGAUGGCUAUGGCGAGGGCCAAGGAACUUUUUGAACUCAAUUACGAAGUGGAAAAUAGGAAGUCUAAUGGAACAGAUGCAGUCAUGUGGGCUGUUUUUGCUGCGUUUAAAUAG